AUGGAAACACUGGACCUGAUGUUACUGGUUGUCGUUACUGUUGUGUUGGCGGGUACCAACGCUGCCAAGUUUGGCGAGGCACAACUCGUUUUUGACUGGGAGAUUUUAGAACUCGACUGGCCUUCAGAGGCGGAUAAGUUGGAGGCUAUCAGAAAUGGAUCUUAUGUGCCUGAGAGAAAUUUGUUAGCGGGCAUAAAGGUGUACAAAAAUAACGUCUAUCUGACCAUCCCUCGCUGGACGUGGACAUCUGGACAUCCAAUCACCCUGGCCAAGGUGGUGUCAGUACAAGGUCAGUCCAAGCUCUGCCCCUACCCGAACUGGACCGCCCAGAAACAAGGUGACUGCCACGCCCUGCAGUAUGUACAGAGCAUGGAGGUCGACCCCAACACAGGGCUCAUGUAUGUUUUGGAUUCGGGCCGGGUUGGAGGCUCUCUGAACUUAUGCCCUGCCAAGAUUGUUGUCUUUGACUUGAACACCGACACACAAGUUCACAGUUAUCAGAUGCCUGAAGAUGUGGUCACCAGAACCCACAAUGCAAUGAACGAUAUUGUCCUAGAUUACGUAGCCGGUAAAGUCAGAUACGCAUAUAUUAGUGACGUCAGCGAGGGGCGUAUACAUGUUUAUGACUUCCAGACACACAGCGCCCACAAUCUGGAACAUCCAUCCAUGAAAGCGGAAGGAAAUAACGGCACGGUGAUUCACAUCAACAACAAAGACUAUGUGUUUGGUGGAGCAGUGGAUGGGAUUGCAAUAUCGCCAGAUUUCAAAUAUGUUUAUUACUGCCCCCUAGGUGGUUACAGUUUAUACGAGGUGCCUACGUCGGUUUUAAGAAACCCGAACAACUCUGGGACUGCUGGUCCAAGACUGGUUGGUAGGAAAGUUUCUCAAAGCGACGGCCUAGCCCAUGGGAGUAAUCAUCUCUUCUACGGGGCUCUAGGUCUUAACGCUGUCUACUUUUGGGAUGCCGAGAAAGACAUGGCCGAUCAAAACGUAGGCAUUGAAAAUGUCAAACUGGCAACACAAGUGGAGUUAGUGAGAAAUGAUACGACAAUGGUCUGGCCAGAUACGUUUGCAUUUGACGACCAAGGUUAUCUGUGGUUUGUUGCUAAUAGCUUGAACACUUUCAGAAACCCAGGUGGCAACCCACUUAACCGAGUCUGGAAAGUGUUUGUCAACGAGACUGGAUAUUUAUAUGAAGCUGACAAGCGAACACUAGGCACGGUUGUUGGAUAA